AUGAUUUGCUUCAGUCGCAGGGAGCAGGUAUCUAUUUACCACGCGUUCCCAGAGGUGGUAUGUAUUGACUCGACUUAUCAGACCAACAAAGUUGGUUUUCCACUGUUCCAGCUAGUGGUGACUGAUAGUCUUGGGCAAGGGCACACUGUUAUGUAUGCUCUUUGCAGGCAAGAACGACGAGAUGUCGUAAAAUUAUUGGAAUGCUUCAAAGAUAUAAUGUGCUGUACUUAUGAUACACGCACUUUUGUUAUGGAUUCGGCAGCAACCGAAAUUUCAGCAGUGCAGUCUACGCACAAUCAUGCCGACAUAGUACUUUGUUCAUUCCAUGUCUUAAGAGCAUUUUUCAGGAAGUUCCGAAAUCCUGAUGUACGUAAAUGCUUGGAACACCUUGUAAAGACUAGACGGUCUGAUAUGUGA